AUGAACGAAGCUACCCCAUUCCAAGUCCUUACUGUCAAGACAUCAAUAAAGGCAACGGGGUGGAAUCCUGAACUCCUUAGACCUCUACAAGUCCUUGUCGCUAAAGUACACACGAUUGCCACCCACACCUUCGCACUUAUGAGGUACAAAUUUCUUAUCAAGUUAUCACACGAUCCAUUCUUCGAUCUUGACAAAUAUAUUAUGCGAGAUAUUUUUGCUGAUGUCUCUUUGUUGCUGUUUGAUCAUAGUACCGCUUUCUUUUUUUUUGUAUUGCAGUACUGCCCUAUAUAUAACAGAAAUGACAAGUCAGCACUGCUGAUAAUAUCCUAG